GUUGCCCUCCUCUCUGGUUGUGUAACUUCUGCACUCAGUCCUUGUUGCUUGUGUUCGGCUGGUUGCGGACAGUGCAGAGCACACCUUCCUCACAUUACAGACAGCAAUAAUGUCCCAGCUUUACCGCCAGGACAGCUACAGGAUAGUGCGAGGCGUGAAUGGAACUGGAGUUGCAAACAUAUACAGUUCAGCGCUGCAGUUGCUGCUGCUGGUUGGGAUGCUUGCAUUGAAGGUGCCCCAGGCCCUGGGUCAUUGGAACACCAAGAGCAUUCUUGGGAUGUCAGACCAGAUGAAGGGGAUGUGGCUCAAGCUGGGAACCCUAGAUCGCAGUCAGCACAGCUCUGAGCUCUUCGCCGUGUGUCACAUGCAGCCCAGCUUGGACCUGGCCGCCGACCUGCCCGCUGUAAGCGGCUACAUCGUCUUCUACCAAAAUGGCCCCUGGGACCAACUCCAGGCGUAUUUCCAACUAGCCGGGUUCCCACAAGAUGCUGAGCAGCCCAACCGGGCCAUCCAUGUCCACCAAUUCGGGGACCUAAGCGGCGGCUGCUCCUCCACCGGACCCCAUUUUAACCCGCUGAACGUCAAUCACCCUAACCACCCCGGGGACUUCAACAACUUCCAGGUGAGGAACGGCAUGAUCAAUAAGCACUUGAAGAACCUGAGGGCCAGUCUGUAUGGAAUGAACACGAUCAUUGGCCGCGGGGUGGUCAUACAUGCGCAGGAAGAUGACCUGGGCCUCGGUGGUAACCUAGCAAGUCUCCAGAAUGGAAACUCUGGGAAAAGGCUGGCCUGUUGCACUAUUGGAAUUAGCAAUGGAGACCUUUGGAAGAAAAUGGUGCCCAGUGUCUGAAGCAGAGUAUCCGCAUGACCGUGCCAGCCGAUCGCCAAUUCCACCUGUUCUCUCGCCUCCAGACCUCCAUGGAAACGUGUGCCCAGCACGCCCAGCUUACAUUGAUAUUAUUGUUGCCCCAUGCUAACUCAAUCAGCAAGCAAAUAUAGCCUAAUCAUAUAGCUUGCAUCUCCCUGAUAGAGGCACCAGAAUAUAAUUCUCCAUUUAAUCUUACUGUAUGAAUUAUCGGUUUCAAUUAUUUAAUCCGGCUUUACUUCUCGCUAUCUGUCUUGUACCGCGGAAAUUUGGUUAGAUGGUGUGAUCAGUAGAGACAUCAAGUCAAGCCUUUGAACGGCCUCACAUGUAUUAUGUAAUCGCCAGUUAUCAUGAAUUAUAUUUUCUGCUGCUACGUUAGCUUUAAGAUUGUUGAUCUGAUCCUUUCGUAACUUUUAAGAGUUGCCCCAGGCUGAAUCUAGCGGAGAGCAGCCGAUACGCUGAAACGUGAUGAGUUGAGACUGAGUGCAUGUUAUCCAGCGUCCUCAAUCGAUUAAUAAUGUGUACAAUCAGCUUUCAAGAUGGUAUUCAACCGUUUGGAGUUAGUAUUUGUUUCUGGCUAGAGGCCUGAUUAGCAUAAGUGUGUGUAUCAAAAAGUUUAAUUCUGAAAUGCUUUUGCAAGAGUUCUUCACAGCUACGUUCCAAACAUUAAGUUGCACAACUCUUUAGUGAUUAGAAUAAUUUUCCUAAACGCUCGAAUGACUUCUGCUGAAACAUGAAAAUGAAAAUAUAAAUAAAUUAAUCAUCUUGUG